AUGGCAGCUGCGACAGCUGCUCAAACCUCAUCCUUCGGUUCCAAGGCGUUUGACAAGGUGGAGCAAAACCUGUCGGAGCCGGUCUCAUUGUUUGAUCCCAGCAAGCAUCUUUGUUUUGAGCAGCCCAAAGACAAUGUCAUGCUCAAAGAUCUCGGAUUGUCGGAAGAGAAUGCUAUAUCUCCUCUAGCUAUUACUGCGCCAUUUCCACUUUUCACACUUGAAUGUGUGCGACGGAUGCGAGAAGAAAUGUUCCAAAAGAAAAUCAUCGAGGGCUACUCGCAGAGGAUGGAACCUGGAUGCUACACAUUGCGCGGGUUCACCGAGCAUGCUCCUUUCCUCGAAUCAGUAUGGCGCAGCCCGGAAGUGAUGGACGCAAUCUCUGCUGCCGCCGGAGUCGACUUGGACGUUAUCUUUGAGUACGAAAUGGGACACAUCAACGUUCAAGUGGAAGGAUUGACGGACGAAACUCCAUUGACGUCCAUGAUCCCUCCAGCUAUGCCUCAACCUCACCCUGCUUUGACAACUCUCGAAGAAGCUGAAAAAGCGCACGCAGCACAACUGUCCGCAGCAGGACCCUGGCAUAAGGAUUGUUACCCCUGGGUGAUCAUCAUCAUGCUUUCAGACACAACCAAUAUGAUUGGUGGGGAGACCGGUCUUCGCAAGGGUGAUGGGACCGUGGUAAAACAGCGCGGUCCAGGCGUCGGCUGGGCCUAUGUCUUGCAGGGUGGAUGUGUUGAACAUAUCGCUCUCAAGUCCUUUGGCGGUGAACGUAUCGCCAUGGUUACAUCUUUCCGUCCGAGAGAUCCAAUGCAACUGGAUCUCAGCCACUUGGGAGGUGUGAAAGGCAACAGCAACUGGGACCCGCUCUUCAAACAAUGGAGUUUGUACCGUUUGGGUGUCAUGGAGCAAAGGAUCAACAUCUUGCGAGAAAAGCUCCGUAAGGAGAACUUGACUUACACCGAGAUAUCCAAGGCGAUGCUUGAGUGGAAUGAGGGCAUGUACAAAUACAUGGAACAUACAGCUGCACAGAUGAAGUAG